AUGAGUUCGGGUUCACAAUAUCUUCCACAACAACUACUGCUUAACCUUCCCGAAUCUCACAUGGUCGGUUCCGAGAAUCCCGUUCUUGCUCCGGCCCCGACUCCACCUCAACGACGUACAGACUCGCAAAUAGCAUACUCGACGGUCAUGCCACCUCUGGUGAUCGACAGGACGACCAACUGUCCUGCUCAGUCUCCCUACAGGAAAGAUUUGGCCCAGAAUAAUGACCUCUUAUCAGCUCAUGUUUAUCCAUUAUUUAAUGCAGUAAAGUAUUGGGAACAAGCGAGCAAGCUUGGUCUGAAAGGUCUGAAUUUACGCCAAAAAGUUUUAGGUUCAGAGCAUCCAGAUACUACGCAGUCUCUACAGAAUGUAGAAUAUUUUCGGUCCAUGAUACAAUGCCCUGUACCCAGUAAUUUGGAAGGUGAUCACGAGCCAAAUGGUAUUCCUCAUAGCACAUGCACUCAAACCGAGGGUGUAUCGAACAAUACUUGA